AUGGACGACUUGUUUCGACGUGCAAACAAAUACUCAAUGCUUGAAGAUGACGUACGGGCAGCCACCCAGCAAAUAUUGGUUGCCGGACAGUCAUCCAAGGGUAGUACAGAGGGAAGCACUAAACCUCCGGACAGGCCAAGACCAUCCGAUCGAAGGCAAGAAGGGCCAAGCCACUCGGAAAUGCCACCCCUCACACCACUCUCUAUAACUUAUGAGAAGCUUCUCCCUAUGAUCCAGAGCAUGUCCGAUUUCAGGUGGCCCAGACCCCUCGGAUCGGAUCCAUCCAGGAGAGAUCGUAGCAAAAAAUGCGCUUACCAUAAGGAGCACGGCCAUACGACGGAGACGUGCAGAAGCCUCCAAUAUUUGGUGGAAAAGCUUAUAAAGGCGGGUCAUUUAAGGCAAUACCUCCGGUCAGAUGCUAGAGAUGGAGAUGCCUCCCGGGGCCGUGACUCUGGGGCCCCCAUGGCUCCAGCCGCCCCCAAAGCCGUCAUAAAUUACAUUAGUGGAUGCCCGUCGGAUGAAGAGCUCAAUUCCAAGCGAAAAAGGCAGAGGAUGUUGCGGGAAGCGAUGGUGCGUGAGCGUAUCAAUUCUAUCCGACCUGGGAUAACCGAAGGGGGCCCGCACCCCAUAGACGGGACAAUCAUUUUUCCUCCAGUAGACCCCGCGCGGAUAUUACGUUCGCACCGUGAUGCCCUCAUUCUAUCCUUGGGAAUAGACAAAUUCGAUGUAAGGCGCAUCCUGAUUGACCCAGGCAGCUCAGCUGAUCUGGCGCAGGCAUCAGUCAUAAGCUGCAUGGGACACAACUUAGUCGAUCUCGAAAACCUUGGAAGGGUUUUAUCCGGAUUCAACGGAGCAUCAACUAUCUCGUUGGGAGACAUUGUGCUGCCAGUCCAAGCUGGCCCAGUCACUCUCAACGUUCAAUUUUCGAUAGUACAAGAUCUAUCACCCUUCAAUGUUAUCUUGGAACGCACAUGGCUACACUGUAUGAAGGCCAUCCCCUCCACAUAUCAUCAGAUGGUGAGCUUUCUCACUGAAGAUGGGCAAAUCAACCUAUAUGGCAGCCAACUAGCCGCUCGCCAAUGCUACCAGAUAGCAAGAGAAGUAGGGACCAGUCGGGAGAAUGAACCCCUCCCCGAGUCCACCCAUGCACUCGACCAAUAG